AUGCCGACCACCCCCACAUACCCGCCACCGGACGACCCGACCGUCCUGGCCUCCUCGCUGCACACGCUGCCCCCCUCCCCGUUCCUCCACCCUGAACAGUUCGGCAUGCUCCCCCUGCCCGAGUCUCCCGUCUUCCGCGCUACACCGUUGUCCCACCACCGGCACACGCCCUCGUCUUCAGUCACCGGCGAGUCGCCUCGGUCCGUCAGCGCGCCGUUCCCUCUGCGCCACGCCUGGGUACCUUCGACGCCAUCAUUCCAGUUCGACAACAAGGAGAAAGGCAAGGAGCGGGAGACGUAA